AUGGCCGAUCCAGAAGACUUGUCGCUCCCGGGAGACGUGGGCUUGGACAAUGGCGACGACUCGAUAAAUGAUGCGCCCGAGGAGGCUGGUGCUGAUGGUGUUGAUCAUGGUUCGCUCGAGGACAGUGACGGACCUGACCGUCAUCUCACAUCUGUCCCUAUAGGAAACGGCUCGGAUGUGAGCUCUUUGGGUGGAAGCUCAUUGCAUGGUCUACCAAAGCGAGUUGGGAGUCCGAUAGAUUCGGUGUUGUCGGGACCUGACGACACGCCAUCUGUUCAAGGAUCAUUUGUUUCCUCUCCUGGAAGCAGCAUUCUCCCAUCUGUAGCCUCUCGUCCUGGCCUGAGCAGUCCUUCACCAUCCUUCCGACCAUUCGAUCGACGAUUCCAAUCGCGAAUUUCCUCCUCUUCAAAUAUCCAUACGCCUCGCUCGUCAUCCCCGGCAGUUCCCUUUCUUUCCAGUCACAGCCGUAAUGUCUCUCUAAGCUCCCAAUUCCUCCUCGACCAGAACGACCUCGAAACACCAACUCCACCAUGGGAAGUUGUUCGUUGGACAAAGCUACGGAAACUCAAUGGUCACGCAUUCUCUGAAGCAGGAAAACGAAACUUUGGGUCGCCUACAUGUCUCGCCGUAUCCGCGAACAUAGUACUCGGAACAUCCAAAGGAACAAAAGCCGUUGAAUCUGGACCAAUCACCGCUAUUGCGAUAUCUGCAGACCAUACUACAAUUGCAGGAGGUCAUGCGAGCGGCAACAUCUUUACCUGGGACACGAGUCGUGCCUCAAGACCAUUUUUAACAAUACCGCAUUUAGAACCAGCGCAGCUACAGAAUCGUACGGUAGAUGGACACGUGCCUGAUGUUGCUAUCGUCCACCUCGGUUUCUUGGGAACUCGUCAUACAGCACUUGUUUCAGCAGAUAACCGGGGGAUGGCUUUCUCGCAUCUGGCAACCAGAGGAACAGGUGCACUUGGAAGGACUGUGAGGACUCAUCGAAUUCUUGGUCGAUAUCCGGAUGCGCCAUUACCAGCAGGGAAAACGGUCAAGCCCAGUACCGUUCUUGCGUUUGCACCUCUGCCCCUGGGUAAUGUUGAGUGUUCAACAGAUACCCUUGGCUUGACAGCUAUGCUCACGCCGUAUCUCCUCGUUAUCGUUUCGACUACCCCCGUGGCGCAAACUCAGCAUAAGUCGGCGCGCCCUAAAGAUGUUCCCCCUCACAGUGCCAUGACAGGGUGUUUGGCAUGGUUCCCAGCUGUAAAGCUAAAAGUACCAGACCCUCAUACUGGAAGUGAUAUCUCAAAGGUGAAGCUUGCUUACUGUUGGUCGAACAUCUUAACCGUGCUAGACGUGGACGAAUAUCCUCGUGAAGACAAGGACCAGCCUCCAUCUUACAAGUUCAAAGCACGAAAUCGAUGGAAGUGCGAAGAGGCUAUUGUUGCCGUUCAAUGGCUCAGUCGUUCCGUUCUGGCCGUCCUUACUAUAUCCCAACGGAUGAUUGUCCUUGAAGAUAGAAGCAUGCGCAUGACUGAAGGAUUUGAUCUGGUACAGAAGUACAUUUACCACGCAGACUUGUUCUCUGAGCAGCUUCAUACGCUCGUGGAGCAACAUGAUGAGAACGAUCCAUCUAUGCAUGGAGUCGUAGCUGAUGCCUUCUACAUGAGUUUCAAAGCAUAUAAGGGAAGGAUAUUUAUCCUUGGCUUUAAUGAAGUGUCGAUCGGCGCACUGUCGAACUGGGCAGACAGGCUUAUUGCUAUGAUGGAGAAUGGCGACUACCUCGGUGCCAUCCAGCUUGCUACCUCAUAUUAUACUGGCGAUGCUGACAAACUCACUGUUGGACUGCCUGAAGAUUCUUCUCUACGACACACUAUGGUUCGUGACAAGAUUAUGGAGAUCAUAAGUGCUUCGUUGAAGUACGCCUUUGGCCAGCGCCAGAAGGACCCCGAGAGUUACGACGAUGAUCAUAUGAAACAAUUAGCGGAUACAUGUUUCACAGCUUGCCAAGCCGUCGACAACCAAGAUUUUCUCUUUGACGAGAUGUAUGAAUGGUAUGAAGACGCUGAUAUCGCUGGCAUUUUCCUUGAGUGCCUCGAGCCCUGCAUCCUGGAGAAGACGAUCACGAUGGUACCACCAACUAUUGUCAAAGAUCUGGUUCAGCAUUACGUUAGCCGUGGCUGGGAGAGUAGACUUGAGGAGAUGAUCUGUCACAUGGAGACGGCAACCUUGGAUCUAGACCAGACUACUCUGCUGUGCAAACAACACAGUUUGUACGAUGCACUUAUUUACGUCUGGAACCAAGGCAUUGGCGACUAUAUCACGCCUAUGAUCGAUCUCCUUUCGCUGCUCAUCCCUCUCAUGGUUGAUGGUGACUUCACAGCGAACAACCCAGCAGAUGAUUUCUUCAGCAUCAACGCCUUCAAGAUCUUUCCCUACCUCUCUUACACGCUGACCGGAAGAGUGUAUCCGAACGAGCAGACGAUGACCGAAGAGAUGGCCACCAGGGCGAAGUCUGAAAUUUACUGGUUCUUCUUCUCAGGAAGAACAAUAACGUGGCCCAAAGGCAGUGGGAAUGAGUUCUGUACCAUUCCUAACUCCGAUUCGCAACCGUCAUUCCCAUAUCUUCGUAUGAUCCUGAAGCUGGAUGCUCCUAGCUUCCUGAGCGCAUUAAACGAGGCUUUCGAGGACUCGUUCUUGAAUGACUCAAAUGAUCAUCAUAUGAAUGGCAGUUCCAAGGGUGACUUGCCCGAGGAGCAGAUCUUUGGGCAAACCAUCAACCGACAGUAUGUGCUGUCUAUCUUGUUGGAUGUUAUGAAUCCCAACGACUUUGCGCCGGAAGAUACAAUCUAUCUUGACAUGUUCAUCGCACGAAACCUUCCCAAAUUCCCACAAUAUCUGCUCUUCUCAGGCACAACACUGUCGCGUGUUUUGACUGGACUCUGCAACUAUCCAGGUCAGGACUUGGCGGAGGAUGCGCAGCUUAGUGCUGAGUAUCUCCUUUCUGUCUACCAUCCUUCAGACAUGCCUGACUUGAUGCCAUUGUUCAAGAAGGCGGGUUUCUAUCGCAUUCUGAAGCGCAUAUACAAGACAGACAAGCAAUAUGGCAACCUUAUAGAGACCUACUUUGAGGACCCAGAAGAUCAGGAGUUGGUGUUCGACUGUCUUCGCGAAUGUCUGCGACCUCAGACAGAACUUACUGGACGCCAGACCCAAGAGGUACUCAAGGUCGUCAGGGAGCAUGCGCGAGAUCUACUCGAGCUUGAGCCCUCACUCACAGCAAAAACACUUGCCGAACAAGACUUGGACCUUCACCAGCACAUUGUCGACUCGGCAGAGGAUGCACCAGAAUUGCAGCACACGUAUCUUAAGACUCUUUUGGAGCCAGAAGAGCCUGCAACAGAGACCAAGUUGGCUACUGCUCGUGAUUUGAUUGAGCAAUAUGUGCAGCUCAUGUGUCAGUUUGAGCCAUCUCAUGUCUCAGAUUAUGUUGGUAUUGUACAGUCGACCGACUUGAGAUUGGACAAGCUACUACCUACUAUGGAAGAGACUGGCGUUAUUGACGCAGCUGUGGUGUUGAUGGCUCGGGAAGGCCAAGUCAAGGACGCCAUGGAACGCCUUGUAAAGCAUCUUAAGACCCUAGAAUCGGCCAUGCAUGGACUCUUGACUGGCGCUGAGGAACGACAUUCGGGACCAAGUCUUGGCUAUGCCGCAGAGGACCUCUUUGAAGGUCUUCAGAAGUACGUCCACGUUGGUAUUUGGUUAUGUCAAGGCCAGACCAAGUCUUCAUCCAAGAAGUCAAAGAUGGUCCAAAAGGCGCCCAAGUCAGCAGUCGAGACACUCUCUCCCGAUGAAGCUCUUUGGCUGAGCUUGAUCGACGCAUGCGUGCAGAUCACCAAGAAUCUGUCACCUGCACUAAGUACUGCUGCUCAGCAAAACACCAGUGACGACGAGUUCGACGAGGAGAAGCUCGUAGCUCUUCUGCGGUCACUAGUCCAGCACACAUUCACGGCUCUGCUCACCACAACGUCUAGUCAGACAACCUCGCACUCAGGAUCAAAAUUGCUAUCAAACGCCAGUUCCAACCUGUCAUUCUUGCGUAUCUUGCGAGCAUUUCUGACACAAGCAGCUGCUUCAUCGCCGAACUUGGCCGAUCUACGAGGUGUACUUGCAUCAAUCUUCUCGGCGUAUGCGUACGAAGAGUCAAUCCUGAAGUUAUCGAAUCGUCUCCUGGAACGCAGCCUGUUUGUCAACGUCAACCAAUCAGUUGAGCUCCGUCAACGUGGUUGGAGACCAAGAGGAUCAACUUGCGAAGCAUGUAGUCGAAGGGUUUGGGGUCCUGGGGUGGCUGGAACAUCGGUGUUUGAAGCAUGGGAAGAUAAACAAGCCAUUGAGGAAAAGAGAAGGAAGGAAAGACAGGCCAAUGCAGCGGAACGUGCCAAGGGUGACGCUGGCGAAACAGACCUCAAGGCUAAGGGUAAAGGAGUCGACACGAGACCCUCGAGCAUGCUCAUCGAAGCGAACGCUACCAGUAGCGUGAGCAAUAAUAAGGACCAGCCCAUGGGACCAUUGGUGGUGCUGGCAUGUCGGCACAUUUACCACCAGAGCUGUCUAGAUGAGUUGCAAGAGAAGCAGCAGAACGGGGAAGUGGUUGGGGUUGAGAGGGAGUAUAGAUGCCCGAUUGAUGGGUAA